AGUCUACUCCACACCACCGCAAGCCAUUGCCCGAAAUCGCCAUCUCCUCCUCAAGUCCCGCCCGCAACGAGAGAAGAGCAAGCAUCUUUUUUUUAGGCCAAAUCCCCAGACUCGAUCCUCCCUCCGUCAUCGCUUUUCGCCUCCCCAUUCAACUUCAACUCUCUGAUCUUUGCAUCACUUGACUUUUCCAAUCUUGCACCUUACAUCAAUCCUGACAACACACGACCUACGCACAACCUGAUAUUCGACGAUCUCGAUAUAUCAACCAAAAAACCUACAAACCCACAAAUACACAACACAUAUCACAAUGUUUGCUAGAGGAAUUCGCGCUGUCUCGCGGCGAGCUGCUGUCGCUGCUCCCCUCGCCCGUCCUACCAUCCUCCCUGCCCGCCAGAUCUCUCCCGCCGUCGCCGUCAACGCUACCCGCUCCUACCACGAGAAGGUCCUUGACCACUACUCGCGACCUCGAAAUGUCGGCUCCAUGAACAAGAAGGAUGCUGAUGUCGGUACCGGUCUCGUCGGCGCCCCGGCCUGCGGCGAUGUUAUGAAGCUCCAGAUCCGCGUCGACCCUGAAACUCAGAAGAUCUCCGAGGUCAAGUUCAAGACGUUCGGAUGCGGUUCCGCCAUCGCCUCCAGCAGCUAUCUCACUGAGCUUGUGCGCGGCAUGAGCUUGGAUGAUGCUGGCAAGGUCAAGAACACUGAGAUUGCUAAGGAGCUCUGCUUACCCCCCGUCAAGCUGCACUGCUCCAUGCUUGCUGAGGAUGCCAUCAAGUCUGCCAUCUCAGAUUAUUACACCAAGAACCCCAACGCCAAGGUCAGCAACCUCAGCGGUACCGGCAUGAAGCUCCCCGAGGCCGACGCCGCUGCUGCUUAAACGUGGUAAUUCAUCAAAGCAAAUCUCAACAUGAAAAAAAAAAAAAAAAAAAAAACACAAAUCUCACAUCACAUUGCUUUUACGCCGUGUCACAAUACUUGGGAAACUAGGAAAUGAUACCCUCUUUGAGGCAGGAUGAAAAAAGAAAGUCGUGCGAAGGAGGGGAGUCAUCUUUGAAUCUAGUCUGGAAUAAGAUUGUCUGACGCAACACGUCUGACUAGUCUUUCCCUUCUUUAUCCGCAACAUUCAUGGGAUCAGAAUUUGGGAGUCAGGGGUUAUUUUAUUUUAUUAUCUGCCUGAAAUCACUAUGGUUGUGAUUGGGCUUACAGGGGAUGCGGCGAAGAAGGGGUCUGUCUACGUCGGAGCGGGUUUGGUAGAAUGAGAUGAACUGUAAAAAAUAGCUACAAGCGCGAAAUGUCAAAUGUUUUCAUCUAAUGACUAUGUUCGUUGUUCGUGAGUCAGUGAAGAUUGAUAAGCUGUUAUCUGAUGGG